GGGCGGCGGCCCUCGAGGAAGACAGAUGGGGUGAGGGACAGCGCGAGGUCCGGCUGUCAGCGCGGCCUCAGCCCCGCCGCGGAGGGAGCCCCUCCUCCCCGCGGGUGUGCGCCUCUCGCUCCCUGGCCGGGGGGAACCAUGGCGUCCAGCGAGGAGGACGGGGGCGGCAACGGCGCGGUGGAGGAGAAGGAGAACGGCAGGAAGAGGAGGCUGGGCGCCCUGGCCACGGCCUGGCUCAUCUUCUACAACGUCGCCAUGACCGCGGGGUGGCUGGUAUUAGGUAUUGCCAUGGUGCGGUUUUAUAUACAGAAAGGAACACAUAGAGGCUUAUUCAGAAGCGUUCAAAAGACGCUUAAAUUUUUCCAGACAUUUGCUUUGCUUGAGGUAGUCCACUGUGCAGUUGUUCGCACAUCUGUGCUUGUGACUGGGGUCCAAGUGAGUUCAAGAAUCUUCAUGGUGUGGUUCAUUGCACAUAGUAUAAAACAGAUCCAGAAUGAGGAGAGCGUUAUUCUUUUUCUGGUCGUAUGGACUGUGACAGAGAUUACUCGAUAUUCCUUCUACACAUUCAACCUGCUCAACCAUUUGCCAUACUUCAUUAAAUGGGCCAGAUACAACUUUUUUAUCAUUUUGUAUCCUGCUGGAGUUGCAGGUGAACUGCUAACCAUAUAUGCUGCUUUACCUUAUGUGAAGAAAACAGGAAUGUUUUCACUGAGACUUCCCAACAAAUAUAAUGUCUCCUUUGACUACUAUUACUUCCUUAUUAUUGUCAUGUUCUCCUAUGUGCCAUUAUUUCCACAACUCUACUUCCACAUGCUGCGGCAGAGAAGAAGGGUGCUUCAUGGAGAAGUGAUUGUAGAAAAGGACGAUUGAAUCAAGCCGUGUAACUAUGGUGCUUUUACUGGAAAAAGAGGGUAAAAAAGCAAAACUUCCUGUGAUUUUUCUGAGUCCCAAGUUUUAAAACAUGGAACAAGAAUAAACAACUGUGCAUAAAAUAGCAUGGACUGUAUUAUUUUUACAAUUAAUAUAUCUUCAGACUUACCUUUUCAUCCUUGGUUUGACUUGGAUUUUUAAUUGUUCAUUUCUUCAGACAAAUUAUUUUCUUAUUUUCAGUAGGUUGACAAAUAGCUUUAAGAAUUGGAGUAGUUGGCUACUGUGCUUUCUGUUCUGAAAGUUCUGUUAUGACCUGUAGUCAUCAUCAAGAACAGAAGGAGAGUUGAUAAGUUGUACUAAAAGUGAGUCUUCUGGAAAAUAGAGCAUAAAUUAACUAAUGAUGUUUUUCAUAGACUGGAUGGCUUAAAUGUUAUUUAAGCUUUAUAUUAAAUAAUACCUUUCCAGUUAUAAGAACUAUUAGCAUGUUGUUCAACAUUCUUUGAAUUACAGGAUCACACAGUAGAAUUCCAGAAAGACUUAUGAAAGGAGCUGAAUUCUUGAUUGUCAGUGCAAAUUUAGAUCUCUCUGUAUUUUCAUUUGUAGUUUUAAAGAUAUAUAGAAUAAUAGAUACAAUAUCAGCUGGUUAAAAAUUUGUGCUGAGGAGUAGACUUGAUGUGCCUACCUUUCUCUGAUCAGUGGCUGGAAUAGGACUCGUUUGCAGAGGAAGACUGAUUGUCAGUAUGUUUCCUAUUCUACAUUUAAUUAUGUAUGCAGAAA